CUCAGAGCCCCAUCCAUCCAUCCAUCUCACGCGAACCCCCGCCGAGAGAUCGCAAAAGGAGAAGCAAGAGAGCGAGCCGCAAGAAGAGAAGAAGAGUACGACUAGGAAGGGGGAGGAGGAGAUGUCGUGGCAAACGUACGUCGACGAUCAUCUGAUGUGCGAGAUGGACGGCCAGCACCUCACGGCCGCCGCCAUCGUCGGCCACGACGGCAGCGUCUGGGCCCAGAGCGCAAACUUCCCCCAGUUCAAGCCUGAGGAGAUCACUGCCAUUAUGAAUGAUUUUAAUGAGCCUGGAUCCCUUGCACCAACUGGUUUAUUUCUUGGUGGCACAAAGUACAUGGUGAUCCAGGGCGAGCCAGGAUCUGUUAUUCGAGGGAAGAAGGGUUCUGGUGGUGUCACUGUCAAGAAAACCAAUCUGGCCUUGAUCAUUGGUAUAUAUGAUGAGCCAAUGACUCCUGGUCAGUGCAACAUGGUUGUUGAGAGGCUUGGUGAUUAUCUUGUCGAUCAGGGUUUCUGAAUUUGGUCGAUUGGGACUUUAUUUUGUUUGAUCUGAAUGUUUGACAUGGGCUUGCAUCAACUUGGCAUUGGCAUGAGUGCGGUGAAUAAUCUAUUUGUAUCCUGUGGGAUAUUUGUGAGAGAAUCUGGUUCAGUUAGAUUGUACCUAUCUUAAACUUUGAUGCCUAUAUUUUUUAUUUCACUAGGGUUACUGAAUGGUGAUAUCCAUAAGCAAAUUUUCAAGGUACUAAGAUUGUAGAUUAACCAUGUAUGCUGUUUACAUUUUGUUUCCAUACUCUA